GACGUGGCGGCGGGACGGGCGCGCCGAGCAGCGGAAGUGGCUGCAGCGCUGGGACCCGAGUGUUUGUGUUUUGGUUUCGUGCAGGAGCCGGCGGCCGGCGUGAGGGGAGGAGGCCCUAGAGGGAGGAGGAGGAGGAGGAAGAACUAGUCCGGACUGGAGCGCCCGCGGCUGGCGGCGGCGGCGGCGGAGGAGGAGAAAGGAAGCAGGAAGGCGGAGCGGAGAGAGGCGGGGACGGAGCCCGGCAGGGGCGGCACCGCGGCUCGAGCCCCGCCGCGUCCAGUGUGAGGCGAGAGGCGCCGGGAGGAGACGCCGCCGUCACCGCCGCCAGCGCCGCCGCCGCCGCCCGGGCCUCGUCCGUCCUCCCGGCCACGCCUGGGCCUCGCUCCCGGGAAGCUGCGGCCCCGCGCAGGUCUCUUUAUCUCCAGAAAGAAAAAAAUUGAUACCUUGCAUCCUGGAAGUUCAUUUAGCACUGUGAAAUUAGGAACUUCUUUCAAAUUUGGAUAUGGCUAAUCGAGGAGCAACAAGACCCAAUGGGCCAAAUACUGGAAAUAAAAUAUGCCAGUUCAAACUAGUACUUCUGGGAGAAUCUGCCGUUGGCAAAUCAAGCCUAGUGCUACGUUUUGUGAAAGGCCAAUUUCAUGAAUUUCAAGAGAGUACCAUUGGGGCUGCUUUUCUAACCCAAACUGUGUGUCUUGAUGACACAACAGUAAAGUUUGAAAUAUGGGAUACAGCUGGUCAAGAGAGAUACCAUAGCCUAGCACCAAUGUACUACAGAGGAGCACAAGCAGCCAUAGUUGUGUAUGAUAUCACAAAUGAGGAGUCUUUUGCAAGAGCGAAAAACUGGGUUAAAGAACUUCAGAGACAAGCAAGUCCUAACAUUGUAAUAGCCUUAUCAGGAAACAAGGCUGAUCUAGCAAACAAAAGAGCUGUAGAUUUCCAGGAAGCACAGUCUUAUGCAGAUGACAACAGUUUGUUAUUCAUGGAGACAUCAGCUAAAACAUCAAUGAAUGUAAAUGAAAUAUUCAUGGCAAUAGCUAAAAAGCUACCAAAGAAUGAACCACAGAAUCCAGGAGCAAAUUCUGCUAGAGGAAGAGGAGUUGACCUUACUGAACCGACACAGCCAACCAGGAGUCAGUGUUGUAGUAACUAAAUCUCCAGUUUGAACUAGCUGGAAUUUUCUGCUUCCUAAACAUUAAUAACAGUGGAAUUGGAGCAUUUAACCGGCCCAGUAUGACUUCCAAAAAGAAGAGACUUAUGAUAGAUGUCAAGUUUCUAAUACAGGAUUAUUUUAAGUGUUUUGAACUUAAUUUUUUUUAAUAACGUGCAUGUAUCCCUCUGACUAAUGUUUCAGCAAUAGAAAGGGAAAUGACUGUGUAUAAUUGUUUCAUUGGAAGUUAGAGGGAAUAAUUUCUCAUCAUUAGGGAUAAAGACAAAUGACUACUUGGACCUAUAGUCACUCAGUUUUUCCAGACUGGGACAAUGGUCAUCUCUGAAAAUGAUUUGGAAAUUAACUAAUUUGGGCUUUUGAAAAACAUUUUUAGAAGGAGAUUUUAAAAAUAUGCCUAGCUACAGUAUUCACAUCAAUGAUCAUUUCUUCUGUUAUCUAAAGUCUACAUUCCACAGUUAAUAAAUUACUACAAGGAAAUGGUCCCACUUCUUCAGGAAGAAAGAAGAAAUGUUUGUAGCACCUAAAUUGUAGCUAGUUGUUUUUUUUUUUUUUAAGUAGGAUUU